AUGUCUAGAAAUUUACAUCCUCCGGUGGAUAAACACCGGCAUUGCAACAAUAGCCUGUCUAAUCCUCCCACUCGUCCAGCUCCAACUCCAAUCCCAGGAACACAAAAUAUACCAACAGCAAUCUUCCUCCCCUUCAUCGCAGCCUUGACAUCCGCCACAUGCGGCGGCAUCAUCUGUCACUUCAGCCAUGCCCCUCUACAACUCCAAGUACCCGCCAUCGUGGCAUACCUCCAAGUCGGAGCCGGUGUCGCCCUCGCUACGUAUUUCAAUUGCUCGUCCCCCACCGCAGACACAGUGUGUCAAGAUAUGAUCUUUUGCGGCCCAUACGGCCAGGAAUCAUUCGCAUUCCAAGUCCUAGACCAGGCCGUAAACUCCGGUAGCAUUGCAGCGUAUGACAGGGGAAAUUCCUCACAGCGCAUGCAGCUGGCCCGGUUGGGUUUAUCCGUUUGUUCUUCGGGCUACUUUCUGGGGAUAUGCUGUGUUCUGGUGGGUGCUUUCACUAAUGCGGCUGUGGAGUUGGAGCGUGUCAUGAAUCGCUGGCUUUUGCCGUGUUCUUGA